CGCGGAAUUUCGGGGCUUUGAUUUGUUUUGAUAUUGACAUUUUCUGUCAGACAAUCGGCUUAUACUGACUGUGAUAAAAUGAAAUAGUUUCAAGACUUUAUUAGUGCAUUUUAGGAGAAAAAUUGCAGAAUGAGUGACUCUGAAAUAGGGAGAAGAUUAAAAGACUGCCUCCAACAACUUGUUGAAGGAAAAGUUACUGAAAGAAAAAAAAAAGUAGAUGAAUUAAAGUUACUGUUAAAGCAAGCAUCUUACAUCCAAUAUUUAAACAGAAAUUCAGCUAAGAAAAGAAAUGGCUCAAAUCAAGGAAAUGUUUUUGGGAUUACAUGGAAGAUAGUUUUUAGUAAAAUCAAGGAAUAUAUUGUACAGGAGAGUCAGAAAUUUAAAGACAAAGAAAAUUCUAAUCAAACUUUAUCUGCAACUGUUCAAACAAAUCUAAUGAAGGAUAAGAAGAAAUGCACAGAUUUAUUUCGUUUUUAUGUUAAUCUUAUAAAACAAAAUCAACAAUAUGAUAUGGCUAAACCAGUCAUGGACCACAUAUUAGCUGUUCUUCAUGAAUCGUAUACUAGAAUUGCUUUUGGCUGUGAAUAUUCUCAUGCCUUGUCAAAAAAUGUCUUAUCUGACCCAUUCAUGUGUUUGAAAAUCCCAGCAGCUGAUUUUGAUGCUGCCAUAUGGUUUUAUUGUAAAAUCAUAAAAAAUCCUCCUCAUGGUUGGGAUAGAAGUUCUAUGACACAAGUUCUAUUACAUUUACUGACUGUUAGAUCAAACAUGGGAACACUUGAAGUCUCUAAACUAUUUGACUUUUUCGAAUAUAUAUUUGAUGCUGUUAAGUCAGAAAAAGUAAGCAAUCAUCAUGAAAAUCUGUUGAAAGCUUUAUUGCUUGUUUGCCGAAUUUUUGGAGUUGAUUGCAGACUUCGACUAUGUCAACUUGGAGAAUCAGUCAUGUUUCCUUUAAUGCAAUUAUGGAAAACAAGACCUUCUGAAAUUUGUUCUGAAUUGAUGCUUGAAUUUGUGAGCUUUCAAUUAGCUAUUCAUCAUCCAAAAGGGACUGUGAUACAUGAAAAGGGAGCCCGAGCUCAUGAGUGGAAUUCAUGGAAAAGUCACCUUUUGAAUCUUUUCAAGAUUUUUGUACAAGAAAUAGAUGAAUUAUGUGAAAAGAACAAAUAUUCAUCCAGUAAGGAAACAAUUCUCAAACCUGUAUUUGUGUCUGUUUUCGUUGAAAUCUGUGCUCAAGUUUUUGUUGAUAAUGUUGGCGCUUUAGAUGUUACACAAAUGUCAUCAACUCAUGAUAGUACUCAGGCAUCUAAAAAGAGACGAGUUGAAGUUAACUUCAGAACUUUUAUUGAUUCUUUGACUUCUUCGAAAAUUGUGCCUUGGCUUCAGGUAAUUUCUGCUUACAUAAUUAAAUAUCCUGAAACCAUUCCUAUUGAGGAAGCAGAACAUUUACUUGAAAUUUUAAUUGACAUUAAUCUGUCUUGCAAUCAGUUUGAAACAAAAAAUUGGCUUUUGACCUGCUUUCAGUCUUUUGUUGAGUCAUUUGGUGUUAGUAACAAUGAAAAUUUUUCUGAAACUAACUUUCAGUGGCAACGUUUAUGGGAUAUAGCUGUCAAAUCUGUUGCACUAAUGAAUCAAUGCCAUGAAGCUUCUCAUAAAUUGUUGUCAACUUUGCUGUCUCACAAGUUAAUUGUUCCUAAAGUAGAAUUCUAUAAUUUAUUUACUCAAGGUUCUAAUAAUCAUGUAACAUAUGCAUCCUUGAGGACUUUAAGGGUUUUCCUGGAAACUUAUCCAUCACUUUCUCCAGUUAAUGCCUGCUUUCAAAACACCAUCCAGAAUAUUAGUUCUGUUAAUUCAUCGACAUUUGAAAAUCGAAUCCUGGAUUGGCUGUUUUCAAGAAAAUCUGAUGAUAAUUCACCAUUUCAAGUUUUGUCAAAUGAAACUGAUUGCUUGACUGUGGAAGAAUUUGCCAAAGUUUUAACUUUACUUUCCAUGAAGAACUCAGAACUGAGAAGUUACAAAGAAUUGGUAUCUACUGAUUUAGAAAAGGUGAGAUGGAUUUCUGAUUUAGAGGAAAAAUUGCUACAUAUUACAUUUGACUUACCAAUGAAGUAUACAGAUAUUAAGCAGAAAGAAGAGAAAUUGAUCAAAACUCCUUCAGGUGUACUUUGUGCUCCAGUUUGGGAAAAGAUCCUUAAUUUCUUUAUUGGUGUGUCAAGCAGUAUCUUUGAGCAGCAAACUAUUGCAAAUCAGACGUUAAUGUCAUCAAUAUUCAUAAAACAUGCCUCACUGUUGAUUGAAGUUUUGCAAGUUUUCUACUUCCAGAGAAUUAUAAAAGACGAAGAUCUAAAUUCAAAUCAUUUUACUUCAUUUAUUAGAAAAUUUCUGAACACUGCAAUAGAAUUAGAGAUGCAGAAAGAAAAUGGUAUACCUAAUGUGCAACUUUUAAAGGAUUUCAUGAAUAAUACUGUAGCUAUUUUCAAAAGAAUACAGCAUUGCAACUCAGAUGCAGAAUUGUGUAAUUUCAUUACAGCAGUUGGAAGUGCCAUUCCUAUAGAAAUUCUGAAAGAUCUCUUGAAUUUUAGUCUAGAAAACAUUAACGAAAAGAAAUCUUUAUCUAGAGCAUCAGUUUCCACCUCAGAUCAAAAUCUAAAUUUGAGUCGUUCACUAAAGAAGAAUAAAUAUAGUUUUGAUGAUGAUGAUUCUGAUAUUGAAAUGGAUUGUCUUGAAUCAAUUCCUGAUAGUGAAGAUACCUCAUUUUCAACUGAGAUGGAAAAUAUAUCUUCUGACUUUAAAGAGCAAUUACAGUGUUUAGAAAUUCUUGGAGAUUAUUGUAGUUUUGUUAGUUCUGAUACACGGACAAGAAAAACCGAUUCAUUUCCUGAAAUUAUGAUAAAAAGAUUGAUUUCUGUCCUAUCAACAAAAAUUCAGAAUUUGAGUGAUGUACAUUUGAUUCUGGUUUCGUUGAAAUGUAUAUUAGUCAAUAAAUACUUGGAAGAUAGUGUAGUUGAAACAGUCAUUAGUACUUUAAAACUUCUUUUGAAUCAAUUCAAUAUAAUGCAAGAUGUAUGCAUUUCAAUAUUGAAGUUAUUUCCUUUAUUGAUUCAACAUGUUGUAAAAAGUGAUGCUACUUCUCCAGUUACAAUUCAAAAUAAAUCUCAUAUGUUGCAUUUGACUCGUGUUCUAAGUAAAAGAGAGUUUGACAAAAGAGGAUCAUCCAUGACUUCUUAUUUGGUUGCGGACAUAAUAAUAACUAUGUUAAAGAUAGAACCUUCUAUUUCCUGGCCAGAAUCAUCUAAUAAGUUGAAUGAUACUGAAUUAAACCCAUUGGACAAUACUGUUAUUUGUACAUUAGUGCAGUUUUUAAGCAGCUCUUUUGCAGAAGUGUGUUUUCUUGUUGCCAGCAGCAUUAAUUUUGUAUUGUCACGGGAAAAUUUGAUUUCAACUUUUGAUUUUACUUCCAAAGAAACUUUCAACUUUUUACAGUCUCAGGAAUCUUCAGAUUUAGAUUCAUGUGUGAACAGAGUGAAUACUUUUUUUCAUUUUAUGAGUCAUGUUAUAUUGCAUUUCCCUUGCUUGGAAAAUGAAGCCUUAUUUGUGAUGUGUAAAAUUGUCCAAACAAAGAAGAUUGAUCAAUCAUUUCUUGCAAAGGUAUUUGCCCAUCUAUCUAUCUAUUUUGGCUUUUCAAGUACAAAAAACUUCAUUGAAUUGCAUCUGAUUUGCCUUUUUCACAAAUGGAUCGAAGCAAAAUUCAAUUUAGAAGAUUUCCCAUUUGAGAUUUUAGGGACAGAAUCAUAUGAUGCAUUUAUAAAGGAAUACUAUAAAGUUUUAGUUUCAGUUCUCUUUUUUAUGGAGGAUUUUUCAUCCAUUUCUAAAAUUGCAGAAAAACUACAUAUUUCAAAAUCAGAUGCGAUUUAUACUUGCUUGCCUGCUAUACAGGCUCAGAUACUGUCGGAUUUUGCUGCAGAAAACAGUACAAGAAAUCCAAAUAAGGCUAAAUCAGUUUUAAACUCGUUGAUUCCAACAGAAGUGAGUGACAAAGCAUUUCUUACAAAAUUAGAUGAAUUUGUGGUGUGCCUUCUUGGAAAACUAAAAGACAAUCAAGGAAAUCAUCUAUCACAAUGCAAAGUUCACAAUUCUUAUUCCAUUACUGCCAAGGAAUUUUUUUCAACAAUUUCGUAUUUGAUGUCAAGUAUUGAAUACAAAGGAUCUUUUGCUAAUUUCCUAAGUCAAAAAGGGGAUUGUAUCCAAAAAAUCUUGUUAUCUUUAAAUAUUAUGCUGUCCAAAGCUUUAAAACCUCAUGAAGGGGGACAUGUUUUAUACAUGUACAAGACAUUCCUUGAACUCCUUUGUAGUGAAUUAGGACCAGCUCUCAAUUGCAGUUGUUUUCUUGUGAAAGAAGUCAUUUACAGCAUUGUUAAUUUUUUGACUGAUGAACAAGUGAAUGCUGCAAAGGAUGAAGCUUUGCUUGCACACUCUUGUGAUAUACUUCAGAUGAUUUGUUCAAAGGCAGUGGUGCAUUUUAAAGAGGUUAUUGGCGAUUUUCUUCCUUUCAUUGUGAGCAGUAUGAUUCCAUUUGUUCAAGACACUGAUUCUGGUAGAAAGGCGUUCUCAUUUCUAUCAUAUUUGAUAAUAGAUUGUGAAGUCCAUUUAGCUGAUUACAUUCCAUAUUUGGAUCCUUUUCCUGAUAGUGAAAUGUUUCAAAGCCUCUCUAAUAAAUAUAAUCAAAUCAAAUACAGAUCCGGAAAAUUGUCAUUGAAACAAGAGAUUACUUUAUUUUUAAAAUCAUAUAAGAUGAUGGGAAAGGCUACAAUUACUGGACUUCAACACUUAUGUAAACAGCUGAAAACUCGGCAGCCAGAACUUUUAGAAAUACUGAAUUCAUUGAAAGGAACUAUUUUAUUUUCUGAAGAUGUUAAAUCCAGUGUUCAUCACCAACUUAUUUGUGAAUUGGCAUCCAUCUGUACUUUAAAUAAUGUUCCUUUAGAGGUUAAAAAAGCUGCCAGUGAUUGUAUGGGUGCCAUAGGACCAGUAGUUUUUUCAUCUGUAGUUUUGCAACCUUCAUCAAAUGUUUCCAGUGAGGGCUUAAAUUCCCUGCAACAAGGCUAUGCUGUAAUCCUCAACUUACUUACGGACUAUCUCUGUGAUAAAAGGAUUGAUAUUAAAGUUACAGCAUCAGAAAUUAUGAGGGAAUUAUUUGGAACAAAGACAGCUUAUUCUUUUUUUAUUGAUUAUCAAACUUUACGACCCAAUAAUGCUGUCAAAAAAUAUGCAUUGCCAUUUUUUACGUGCCAAAAUGUGAGGGGUCUGAAAAGUGCUUGUCAGUACACAUAUAAAAUAGAAAGUAUUCAAGGUCUUUCAUUGUGGCUUCCUGAAACAACUGGGCAUUCUGAUUGGAUUACUAACUUAGUAUGCACUAUAAUUAAAAAUGGACUCACAAAGAAUAAUUUUUAUGAAUGUUUGAUACCAAUGUGUAAGAAAGAGGUACAAUUCUGUGAAAAGAUACUACCUUAUGUUGUACAUUCAAUUCUUUUGCUUAGUGAUGAGCAAACACAAAGUGCAAUUUCUCUCGGAAUAGAUGCCUUUUUCUCCCAGUUCUCUCAAUGGCAUAAUAAAAAGAACUUGAAAAAUAAUCAUGUCUCAUCUCCUGUAACAAGGAUUGAGUUUAGUAAAGCAUCUGUUCGAGCUAUGCUUUCUGUUGUGAAUCAUAUAUGGCUAAAUCCUAAACAAGAGUCUAAAAGCGAAAGGAAUGUUUUAAAGGAUUUCUGGUUAAACAUUAGCUUCUUAGAAGUUGCCCAAGCUGCUCAAUACUGCUCGGCAUAUUUCACAGCAAUUCUCUAUACCGAGUUAUGGUGUGAUAAAAUGAGGGAAAAGGCUUUGAGAUCUGAACCAUCUAGUGACCAUUCAGAUUCUUCUGGCAGUUUAGAUUGCUCACCAUUAUCUUAUAUUGGGUCACAAGAAAGGGAUAAGGCGUCUCUUGUAUAUGACAUUCUUCUCGAUACAUAUACUAAAAUUGGGGAUUCGGAUGCCAUCAGUGGUUGUGAAGUAGUUGCAACUGACAGCGAAGCUAUAAUGAAGCAUAGCUACCUCAUUGAGAAGAAAUGGGAUGGAUUGCUGAAAAUAAGUGAUUUGAAUGAUUCCAGCUUAGGAAUUUUGCAUGCUUUACAAAAAAAUCAUCUUAAUUCUGUUCUCCAAGGAUAUAUACAAUCUUUAAUUCAUAUUCAAGAUGAAACUUUGAUGCAUAACAUCCGUGAAUAUCAAUGUGAAGCUGCUUGGAGAAUGGGGCAGUGGAAUUUUCCAGUUGUUGAAAAUGAUCAACAUGGAUUUCAAGAAUGUUUAUUUAAAAGUCAGCAAAGUUUGAUAUCUGAAAAUUCUAUAAUUUUUGAAAAGUACUUUAAUGAAGCCCAGAAAACCCAGUUUGAGUAUUUGAAACAUACAAGCUUAGAAGCAUCAAGAAAUAUCUUACCAAUCCUUAGCCAUAUUCAAAUGAUGUCUGUGUUACAGGAUUUUUCCAAAAUGCAAUCAAAUUCUCAAGCUGUACAAGAUAUUCUUAACUCAUGGGAUUUGCAAGAUCAAAUGCCAUAUGAAGACUUUGAAUUUGUAGAACCUGUAUCAUGGCUUAAAUGCAUUUUAUUGAAACAUUGUGUGGAUACUACUUCAAGAAAUCAAUGGCAUGCCAGAGUGACAGUUAUAAAUGAAGUUAAAAAACUUUUAGAAAGAUAUUCUGUGAGAGCCAGAAAUGAAAUGCACUUAGAGGUUGCAUCUAAUGCUAUACAUAUCCUUCGAAAAUUGCCUAAAAUAGAGGAGGAAGAUAUUCUUCGCUGGCAAAUGGAAGAAGCUAAAAUUCUUUGGACAAGAAAAGAAUAUAGCAUUGCAAAUAAAAUUCUGAAAUCAGCUUUGCCAUUCAUGGAAAAAUUUGCUAAAGAAAAUCCUAAAUUUUUCAUGUGUUAUGGACAAGCCUUGACUUUGAAAGGAAAAUGGCUUGCAGAGACAUGCAAUGAAAAUUCUUCUGUAAUUAUGCGGGACUACUUAGAAAAGGCAUUAGAUGUUUUAAAGAAUGGCUGCGACGAUGGUGAAGAUUAUACUUCUGCAGUAUGUGAUGCUUAUCUAGCUAUAGCUCGCUAUGCUGAUGGCCAGUAUCAAAGUAUUGUUAACUACAAAAAAUCAACUGCUUAUCAAGCAAAAUUAAGUUCGAUUGCUAACUCUCGAGAACAAGCAAAACAUUUGAGAACUAAAGAUAUUACUGAUGACCAGCGAAAAUUGCAUCUAACAUUAACAAGGCAAGCUAAUAUAGAUCAAGAGGAAAUGGAAUCUGUUGAAGCAGAUAAGAAAAGAUUUCUUGAAAAAGCUAUAAAUAAUUAUUUACAGUGUUUGAGAGGAUCUGAUACUCAUGAUUUGUGGAUAUUUCGUCUCAUUUCUUUAUGGUUUCAAAAUCUUGAUGAUGACGUGAUCAACAAAAUUAUUAAAGAAAAGGUGUCAGAUCUACAAACUUAUAAAUUCCUACCUCUUAUGUAUCAACUAGCAGCUAGAAUGGGGACACAGGCAUCUAAUAUAUUUACUCAAACUCUUCUAUUGUUAAUAAAAAAUAUAACUGUUGAUCAUCCUCAUCACUCCUUACCUGUAAUUUUGGCUCUCAACAAUGCUGAUAAAGACCCUGCUGAUAAAAAAGAAAUAACUGAUCAGACUGCCCAUCUGCAACAAGCUGAAGUACCUGCUGUAAAGGAAAGAAUGAAUUCUGCCAAAAAGUUACUUUCAGUACUUCUGAAAUCAAAAAUCAGUCAUUUAGUUAAAAAUUAUUCUGACUUAUGUGAUGCUUACAUUGCUCUGGCUUAUCUUGGUGUGCCAAAGAAUACUAAGAGAGGCAUCAUUCCAAAAGAUCAACCUUUGCUUAAAUUCCAAGAUUUGCAAAAAAUUCCAGUUAUAACAGAGGAAGUAAAGAUUGAUCGUUCUUGUGAGUAUAAAAAUAUAGUUGGUAUACAUUCCUUCCAUAACGAAUUCAGAAUGUGCGGAGGCAUCACACUUCCCAAAGUUAUCAAAUGCAUUGGAAUGGAUGGAAAGGAAAGAGAACAACUUGUAAAAGGAAGUGAUGACUUACGUCAGGAUGCUGUUAUGCAACAAGUUUUUGGCCUUGUUAAUUGUUUACUAAAACAGAAAAUGGAAACUAGGCAACGAAAACUUCAUAUAAGAACUUACAAGGUUGUCCCAGUAUCUCGAAGAAGUGGCGUUUUGCAGUGGUGUGAAGGAACUCAAGUAUUGUCUCAUUAUCUAGUCGGUCCUGGAGGUGCUCAUGCAAGAUACUAUCCUACUAUGGCUACACCUCAAGAUUGUCGAAAGAAAAUGAUGAGUAUAGCUGGUGUCUCUCAGUUACUAAGAAAGAGGCAAAUAUAUGAUUCUAUAUGUGCAGAAUUUCCCCCCGUGUUCCGGUACUUUUUCCUUGAAAAUUUUCCUGAACCCUCUGCCUGGUUUGAAAGGAGGCAGUCAUAUAUUAAGAGUGUAGCAGCUAGCUCUAUUGUGGGAUACAUAAUGGGCCUAGGUGACAGACAUGUAAACAAUAUCCUGAUUGACAAGAAUACUGCAGAAGUUGUACAUAUUGACUUUGGUAUAGCCUUUGAAAAGGGGAAAAUAUUAGCCACUCCAGAAACCGUUCCUUUCCGUUUAACCAGAGAUGUAGUGGAUGGAAUGGGAAUAAAUGGAGUAGAAGGCACUUUUAAAAGAUGCUGUGAAAAAACUUUAGAAGUUAUGCGAAACUCUCAGGAUGUUCUUUUGCCUAUAUUAGAAGUGCUUUUGCACGAUCCAUUGUAUGAAUGGAGUGUACCAGCUGGCAAAUCCUCGCAGAAAACUAGCACACCCUCAACAUCUAACUCACAAAAUGAAGUCAAUACCUUGGCAGAAAGAGCUUUAAUGAGACUCCAGCAGAAACUCCAAGGCUUGGAGGAAGGCGUAGCAAUGAGUACAGAAGGUCAAGUCAAUCUGCUGAUACAGCAAGCAAGAGACCCAAAUAACCUUUGUCGAAUCUAUGCCGGCUGGCAGCCUUAUCUAUGAAACCUGUGAUCUCU